AUGGAAGAGGCUGCAGCUCCCUCAGAAGCCUACGAGGCCGCUGGUGCCUCAGCAGGUGCUGAGGCGGCCGCGGAGGGUGCCUCUGGGCCCGGCCUUCCGGUGCCCGAGGCCUCCGUGGAGCCGGCUGCGCGAGGCCCGGCCCCCACCCUUGCGUCAGGCCUGGGGCCUGCCCAGGCCUCAUGGGGAGGGUACAGGCCCUUACGCCUGCAGGGCCGCAGUGGCGGUAGCUGGACAAAGCUGGUGGCUUGCAGAUAUUUUAUACAUGGGCUCUGCAAAGAGGGGGAGAACUGCCGCUACUCGCACGACCUCUCAGGUCGGCGGCCGGUUGACAGAAACCGUCACUCGCUACUCCAGGCCUCGGCCGACAUAGGCCCUACUACGGCUGCGCAAUCCCAGCCCCUGACUCAGGACGUAGCGGAAGCCCCCCUUGCUACUUCCGCAUGCUCCUUUCCUCUGAUUGGUUCAGCCGCCGAAAGGGGUUUCUUUGAAGCAGAGACAGACACUUCAGGCUAUGAAGCUGCCAGAGCAGGUGCAGAAUCCUGGGGAGAUGCUGUUGAGUUUGUUCCGGGGCAGCCUUACCGGGGCCGCAGGGCUCUUGCCCCCGUGCCUCCCCCACAGAGCUCGGUGAUUGAGAAGGAGCAGAUGGCUGUGGACACGGGAGAACAGCUUUGUCCCUAUGCUACCGUAGGAGAAUGCCCUUAUGGGGAGAGAUGUGUGUACCUCCACGGAGAGACAUGCGACAUGUGCGGGCUGCAGAUCCUGCACCCCGUGGAUGCUGCCCAGAGAGCAAAGCAUAUAAAGGAAUGCAUAGAAGCGCACGAGAGGGAUAUGGAGCUCUCUUUUGCUGUGCAGUGCAGUAUGGACAAGGUGUGUGGCAUCUGCAUGGAGGUUGUCUAUGAGAAAGCCAACCCCAGCGAUUGCCGCUUUGGCAUCCUCUCCAACUGCAACCACACCUACUGUCUUAAGUGUAUUCGCGAGUGGAGGAGAGCCAAACAUCUUGAGAACAGGGUCAUCAAGUCGUGCCCACAGUGCAGGGUUACUUCCAACUUUGUUAUUCCCAGUGAGUUCUGGGUGGAGGAAGAGGAAGAGAAACAGAAACUUAUUCAGGAAUACAAGGAGGCGAUGAGCAACAAACCCUGCCGGUAUUUUGAUGAAGGCAGAGGUUGCUGCCCAUUUGGAGAGCACUGUUUCUACAAGCAUGCUUACCCUGAGAAUCUGGAAGAAGAGCCUCAGAGGCAGGAUGCUGGAAUAUCCAGCACUUAUUGGAAUCAACUUUUGGAGGGCAAUAUGCCCUUUAAGAGCAAUGAAAAGGAGCUUGUCACACUUCAUCUGGCCAAUCUGUUGUUAAAACGUCUUUUGAAGAGGGAUGAUGAACUCCCCUUCUCUAAAGAAUGGUGGGAAUUACUUCUUUUUGAGCUGGAAGAAUAUUUCAAUUUGAAUCUAGCAUCAUGCUAUGGCAUGUCUAGUCUACUGAGCCUCUGUUGUCUGCUGUUGCCUGUAUUCCUUUUAUAG